AUGAAAUGGCUUGUGAAAGAGGCAAACCUGGAUGUCAAUCUUGCGAGGAGGGGAGACACACGUGGUUACAAUACUGCUGCACAGAUCGCGGCACAGAGACGACCCAAUAUACUGCAAUGGCUGGUGGAUCAAGAUUUCAUGGACCUGGAGAGUGAGAAUGAUAGUGGCCAUGAAUACGACAACGUCCUAAUCGCAGCCGCGGCUCGGGGCAACGUCACAUCGGUUCGGAUUCUGCUCGAUGCCGGAGCCAAUGCGAAUGCUGCCGUGCACAAUGGCAAGUAUGGAAGUGCCCUUGUCGCAGCAGUAACGUUGGAUGGAGCUCUUGGGAAGCGCGAGGAAGUAGUUCAACUGCUCCUUGGUCAUGGCGCAGACCCAAACAUGCUUAUAAGAGCUGGCGAAUAUGGCAGCCCGCUUGAGGCAUCUUUGACACAAGAUUGGGCAGCUCAAGAGUAUUGCAGAAAAAUGCAGCGCUUGCUGUUAGAAGCCGGUGCGGAUCCCACGGCUCGUUUCUGGGGUCGAGAGGAAGAUCUUAGAACCAUGAUUGAAACGAUUGGGACAGAGCGUGCCAUUGAAGCCCUUGGCCAAAGUCGGCAUCCUGAUGAGCGAAGAUUCCGAGAGCAGCAAGAUGUUACACACUGGAAAGAGACAAUCACCUACCUUGCGGAGGAAGUGGGCGUAGGCGAGGAAGUUCUUCAUACAAUCGGCCUCUGGGAAGUCGAGCCCAAGCCUAAUUAUUUGCCCUCGGGAUGGCAAGAUGGGUUUAUUUUGAGAUACAACAAGUAUCGCUAG